CUAUGUUUUUAGUUCAUCUCUUGAUUUUUCUGUAUAGGGUGGUCCCAUAAAAGGUAUCAAUUAAUUCACCCAACGAUUAUAAAACAAAAGUGUUUACACCAGAAUAUCGCCAAUCAUAGUUUCUCUCAUUUUAUAAUAAUUCUCCAUCUUCUUCCUUCAUCUUCAAGUUUAUAGAACCUUCACAAAUCAUAAAACUCUCUCUAACUCUCUGCAACAAUCUAUACUUUCAUUACUCAUAUAAAAAAAAUGGGAAGACAUUCUUGUUGUUUUAAGCAGAAGCUACGAAAAGGCCUUUGGUCUCCCGAGGAAGAUGAGAAACUUCUCAAUUAUAUCACUAGACAUGGUCAUGGCUGUUGGAGUUCUGUCCCUAAACUCGCAGGUUUGCAAAGAUGUGGAAAGAGUUGUAGACUUAGGUGGAUAAAUUAUUUGAGACCAGAUUUAAAGAGAGGAGCUUUCUCGCAAGACGAAGAAAGCUUAAUCAUUGAGCUCCAUGCUGCAUUAGGCAACAGGUGGUCUCAAAUCGCAACGCGGUUACCGGGAAGAACAGACAACGAGAUCAAAAACUUUUGGAACUCAUGUCUUAAGAAGAAGCUGAGAAGAAAAGGCAUUGACCCAACAACACAUAAACCCCUAAUAACAAGCGAGCUUCAAUCUCUUAACGUCAUAGAUCAGAAACUGACGUCAUCAGAAUUAGUAAAGUCAACGGGUUCGAUAAACAACCUACAUGAUCAGUCAAUGGUCGUCUCAUCGCAACCAGGUCCAUGGUGGUUCCCGGCGACUACAACGACGACUAAUCAAAACGCUGCGUUUUGCUUUAGUUCAAGUAAUACUACUCCAACGGUUUCAGACCAAAUCGUAUCUUUACUCUCUUCAAUGUCCACGUCAUCAUCUCCGACACCAAUGACUACAAACUUCAAUCCUGCUCCAAACAACUGGGAACAACUCAACUACUGCAACACAGUUCCAUCUCAGACCAACAGUAUCUAUAGUGCCUUCUUUGGUAAUCAAUACACAGAAGCUAGCCAAAACAUGAACAAUAGUAAUAUUACUCCAUUAGUACUGGAUCAUCAUCAAGACACGAAGUCAUGGGCAUCAGAGAUUCUUCAUUACACAGAACAUAACCAAAGCUCAGAAAUUGGUUUAGAAGCAGAAGUGAAGCCAGACAUUGCCAAGUACUACUGGAGAUCAGCAUCGUCCUCCUCAUCACCAAACCUAGAAGCUGCAACAUUACUACAUGAUGCUAACGUGGAAGUGUACGGUAAAAAUCUACAAAAACUUAAUAGCAUGGUGUUUGAUCAAAGCCUUUAGAUUAACAUAUGUUUUAGAGAGUUUCUAUUUCUAUAUUCACAUUCAUAGACCUGAGUUUAUUGAUUGAUCCAUACAUAUAUAAUGUUCUGCUUGUGUGUAAAGUAUGUAUAUGGUUUUUGGUUUGUGUAAAUUUUCUGUUCGUGUGAAUUUUUUUGGUGCUAA